AUAUAUUUGCUGAUUUUUUUAAAAUCUCUUCUUGGGUUUGAACAGUGUGACAGAUGAUUUAAGGCCGAUUAUGGGAACUGUGAAUUUCAUCUGGAAUUUAACUAAGAAUUAUUUCACCUUUGGGCUCAUAGGCCUUACCGUCUCUGAUCGUUAUGCUAGUAUUGUUCCUGUUGGUGGCAUUUCAAUGUCUCCUACAUUUAAUCCACAUGAUGAUAGUUCCAUGAGAGCCUUGACUCGUGACUUUGUUGUAGUGGAGAAGCUUUGCCUAGAAAAAUACAAGUUCUCCCUCGGCGAUGUGGUUGUCUUCAGCUCUCCAACUAAUCAUAAAGAGAAAAAUAUAAAGAGAAUAACAGCCUUACCUGGUGACUUGGUCAGUACCCCUCAUUAUGAUGCAGUAGUGAUCCCUGAAGGACAUUGUUGGGUUGAAGGCGACAAUCAGGCUUGGAGCUUGGACUCAAGAUCCUUUGGCCCUAUCCCUCUUGGUUUGGUUCGUGGAAGGGUUACCCAUGUUGUGUGGCCUCCUCACCGGGUUGGUAAAGUUGAAAGAAUGACACCAAAGAGCCUAACACCUUUCUAAUUGUAUUUUGAGUAUAUGUUAGAUUUCAAUUUGAUUGAUUUGAAUUGUAUUAUAGCCUGCAUAAUCAUUGUUGUUUAUA